UUGCCACAGGCCCCGCCUGCCAUUGGCCGGGGCCGCCCAUGUGACGAGAAUCGGCUGCGAUUUCGCCCCAGCCCCGAGUUUAGCAGAGCCGGGUCCCCUGCGCUGUAUUGGCAGCAAAAUAAGAAUUAUAAAAAGCCCGAGGACCGUCAUCAUCAAAAACCCGAGCCUUUCAGAUUUCUCUCCCUCUCCCCCUCCUCCUCCUCCUCCUCCCUCUCCCCCGCCUCCCUCCCGCUUUUUAACCCCGCAAAAAGCCAUGAAUUUUGAAUUUGAGAGGGAGAUCGGGUUUAUAAACAGCCAGCCUUCGCUGGCCGAGUGCCUGACGUCUCUGCCCGCUGUCCUGGAGGCGUUUCAAACUUCAUCCAUCAAGGACCCGACGUUCCUUCCUCCUCCUCCUCCUCCGGGGCUCAGCCUCCUCGGGAGCCGCGACCCCCGCGCCCCGCAGCCCCCGGCCCCGCCCGGGCCCCGCGCCGCCAGCUUCCCCUGGAUGAAGGAGAAGAAACCGGCCAAAAAACCCACCCCGGCUCCGGCCUCUUCCUCCCCACCCUCCUCCUCCUCCUCCUCCUCCUCCUCCUCGCCGCCGCUGCCCGCAGAGGCUCUGUCGGACAGCAGCGGCUCCAGGAGGCUCCGCACCGCCUACACCAACACGCAGCUGCUGGAGCUGGAGAAGGAAUUCCACUUCAACCAGUACCUGUGCCGCCCGCGGCGGGUGGAGAUCGCGGCGCUGCUGGACCUGACCGAGCGCCAGGUCAAGGUGUGGUUCCAGAACCGCCGCAUGAAGCACAAACGGCAGCGGCGGCACCGCCGGGAGCCCCCCGGGGAUGGGGACCGGGACCCCCGGGACAGCCCCGCGGAGCGCGGAACCAGCGCGGGGCCGAGCGCGGAGCGGCGCGGGACGGGCGGCAGCGAGUCCCCGCCCCAGGAGGAGGAUUUGGGGUGGCUCUCGGAUUUGGGGGGGCUCUCGGAUCUCGGGGGGCUCUCGGACCUGGGGUGGCUCUCGGACCUGGGGGGGCUCUCGGAGCUGGGGGGGCUCUCGGACCUGGGGGGGCUCUCGGAUCUCGGGGGGCUCCCCGCCAGCCCCCUGCGCUGCUGGCAGGAGGAGCUGGAGCUGCUGGGCAGCGCGCUCUGCUCCGCGGAGCUGCAGCGCUGGGAGCUGCCCUAG